UGUGAUAUUCCAGAAGAACCAGAGAGCAGUGAUGAAGAGUAUGCACCAAGUUAUGAAAAGAAAUCUAAACGGCAGCGUCAUAAAAGACUGGACUCUGAAAGAAGCAUAUCACCAUGUUGGGAUACUCCAAAGAAGAAACAGAAAACAACUUUGAAGAUGGAGACCAAAGAAGAGAACUGUAAGAAGCCAAAGAAAGAGGAUGCAAGUUCUGAAGAUGAUACUGACUACGAAAAGAAUGAUGAAAUUCUAGAAGUUGGAAGCAUCAAACGUAGGCUGCGUAAUAUGCAGAUGGAUUGGAACAAGAGAAAACAUCACCUAGACCCAGAAGAUACCCUGUACUCAGAAGUCCACACUUCUGACACAGAAGAAAUUCUACCACAGCAUUUGAGUUCCAAAAAUAAAAACCUGGAUGACGAAGAUUAUGACGAUGUCAUUAUUGUAGAAGAAAAAUGUGUGCCUUCAACAAAACACAUCAAAGUGGAACAGCAAGAUGCUACUACAGAUAGUAACACAGGUGAAAAACUUUGCUCUAGAACAACUUCUGGUGGUCAGUCACCUACAGACAUGUCUGCCCAUGUUGUUUCCACUUUUAACCAGACAGAUCCGGAAGGAAAGUAUAGGCAAGAUAACAAUGGCAAACAAACUUUGAAAACUGCAUCUACUAGUGUCCAAGACAAUUUUGAUAAUUGUACACUUGAGGAUCUGUACCUCACAGAAACUGCAAAAACACCUGAUGAGCAGCAGACUGGAUCGAAUAUGCCUGAGCUGUGUUCUCAGACUGAAGCCAUUCAGAAGUGUAGUGGAAUACUAAAGAACACUGACAAUACAGAUGUUUCGCUGAAAGAGCCAAUCAGAGAGCUUGAGAAAGAACGGACAGUACUGAGGCAACAACUUGCUAUUAGUCAGUGUGAUGUCCCAUCAUCUGUAGCAUCAGUUAAACUGGGACUGGCUGAUAGUGAUAGCCAAAAUGUUUGCCUUCUCUGCCAACAGAAGUCUCUUGAUCUGGAUGUGUGUGUUCAAGAAUGCAAGAAGACAGAGAAUGCUCUAAAGGCAGUCACAGCAGAGAGAGAUGAGCUGUUACAGAAGAAAGCGUGGCAUGUGGAAAGGUUUUCAAGUGGCACACUUGAGUGGAUUGGAAUCGAGUGA